AGUUAGCAAUUUAAUUGCACCCAAGCUAGCAACGAUAUGAAGAGUUCAGCUUAAUAUAGGCUUGCAAAUUUAAUGGGACUGACUGACUCAUUCAAAAAAGAAUAAGUAAGUUGUUCAAAAAUUUGCCAAAAGAUUUUUAUCUAAGUAGUUUUUUGCAAAUUAAAAAUUUGCUGA